AUGAACGACUACACUCCCUCAGGCCUAGAUGGCAAGGUCCAGAAAACUCUGAAAAAGAUCUUUGGGUUUGACUCCUUUAAAACCUCUCUGCAAGAGAGCGCAACCAUGACAGUGGUGAAAGGCAAGAACGAUGUCUUUGUAUGCAUGCCCACAGGGGCAGGGAAAUCCCUGUGCUACCAACUUCCUGCAGUUCUGGCAGUGGGCAUCACCAUUGUCAUUUCACCUCUGAUUGCACUGAUUCAGGACCAAGUGGAUCAUUUGUUGGCACUGAAGGUCAAAGUCUACUCUCUGAAUUCCAAGCUUUCUGCUCAGGAAAGGAAGACCAUCCUGGCUGACUUGGCAAGCGAGAAGCCCCAGGUGAAGCUCCUGUAUAUCACCCCAGAGAUGGCAGCCGCCUCCUCCUUCCAGCCCACCCUGAACUCCCUUGUGUCUCGAAACCUCUUGUCCUACCUAAUAAUAGAUGAGGCUCACUGUGUCUCCCAGUGGGGACAUGACUUCCGACCCGACUACCUGCGACUGGGCUCCUUACGCUCUCGCAUACCCAACACGCCAUGCGUCGCCCUGACUGCCACAGCCACCAAACAGGUCCAGGAUGACAUAGUGGUGUCACUGAAGCUAAAGCAACCUGUUGCCACCUUUAAGACGCCUUGCUUCAGACCUAACCUGUUCUAUGAUGUGCAGUUUAAGGAGCUCUUGACUGAUCCCUAUGCGAAUCUGAAGGAUUUCUGUCUGAAGGCCCUUGAAGAGAAGAAUGCCCAAGGGGUAUACUCUGGCUGUGGCAUUGUGUACUGCAGGAUGAGAGAGGUCUGUGACCAAUUGGCUAUUGAGCUGAGCUACAGAGGAGUGAAAGCCAAGGCCUAUCAUGCAGGGCUGAAGGCAGCAGACAGAACUUCGAUUCAGAAUGAGUGGAUGGAGGAAAAGGUCCCUGUUAUUGUUGCUACCAUCAGUUUUGGAAUGGGAGUCGACAAAGCUAAUGUCAGAUUUGUUGCCCAUUGGAAUAUUGCGAAGUCGAUGGCUGGAUAUUACCAGGAGUCUGGAAGGGCUGGGAGAGAUGGGAAGCUGUCCUGUUGCCGUCUCUAUUACUCUAGGAAUGACCGGGAUCAAGUCUCCUUCCUGAUCAAGAAGGAGCUCUCUAAACUCCAGGAGAAAAGAGGCACCUUGAAAGAGUCUGAUAAAGCUGUGCUGACGGCGUUUGAUGCUAUAGUGAACUUCUGUGAAGAGCUGGGAUGUCGCCAUGCUGCCAUAGCAAAGUACUUUGGAGAUGUCACCCCCCCUUGUAACAAGUGCUGUGAUUACUGCCAGAACCCAGGAGCAGUGAAAAAGCAGCUGGAUUCCCUGGAGCUGAGCAGCAACAGCUGGAGCAGAACCUGCAUUGGACCCACAGGUUCCUCUCGGGAUGCCUAUGACCCAGAGCUAUACGAAGGAGGGAGGAGAGGCUCUGGAGGCUUUAGCAGGUGUGAUGAAGGAAACCGUGGGAGCGGGGACGAAGCCAGUGAGGAAAAUCGGAAACGGGAGUGGUGCAACUUCUACAAAAAGCAGAUGAAUCUGCGUAAAGGCAAAGAACCAGAAAAAGAUGACUUUGUUCCUCCAGAUGCAGGCUGCCCCCUGAAAGACCCCGCCAGCCAGAAAAUCUCCAAACUCACGGUCAAGGCCCGAGAACACUGCUUGAAGAUGUUGGUAGAAGCUCUGAGCAGCAACCAGAAGGCAGCCCCGACAGGACAUGGGUCAGACCCUCACGCCUGCGCCGUGGAGAUGGAGUAUGAGGCUUUCAGAACCAGUAAAAUGUCCAACUUGUACAAGGCAACUGUGCUAAAGAAGGUAGCGGAGAUCAACAAAGCCUCGAAAGAAGGGGAGCUGUAUCCAGCAUUUGGGUCAGGAGCUGGUGGCGGCAGCAGCCCCAGGACGAAGUCUGAACCCUCAGCUGAAGAUGGCUUUCUCCCUGCAUCCCAAGUCUAUUCGUUUAAACCCAAGCGGAUAGGAGCUGGGUUUCGAAAAAGUUCCAGCUUGUUCCAGACUGCUGCCGAACUGCUGAAGACAAAGGAGGAGAGUGAUGCGACGCCUGUGGAGAGGGAAGCGGAUAGUCCAAACUGGCAAGGUGACAGCAAAUGUGAUUCAGAAAUGGCCAGAGUCUCUGUCGUCAAGAGCAAAGAGAGGGUGACCAAAGCAGUACACGAAAGUGCUGUGGAAGCAAUACAGGCCCAUGACAAGAGGGGACAGCAACCCAGUCCAGAUGCAGAUGCCGCCCUGUCAGAUAGCCCUACCAAGAAGGCAAAGCUCACCAAGAAGCAACAGCUGCUAGCAGAAGCAGCCAGAAAAGAAUCCCAGAACAUUUCCAAAUUCUUCUCUCUCACCAAAGCUGGGCUUAAAACCUCAGGAUGUGCCUCGGCAGAGGAAGACGAUUGUCCUGUGAGUGAGCUAUCUCAGUCUCUUUCUCAAAGAGUAUGUCAGGAGAAAGAGGAACCUCAGGAAAAUGAAGAUGUCUCAGGAGGAGCUUCGGCCGGGCAACCCCAGAUGGAGGACCAUGAGUCAAAAAAGAUGGAGGAAGCACUGACUGAGAGAAGUCAGGACUUGAAGUCGAAACACGACCCUGGAUCUGAAGCCACACAAGCAGGAUUAGAUGGUCAGACAAAACCAAGCUGUGACGAAGCUGGUAUAGAAAUCGAAACCACCUGCGCUGGGGAACGUCAAGGCAGGAAGAGGCCAGGAUCAGAUGAGGAUCUGGAGAGCCCUGCGACGAAGAGGUUGCAGGCGACAGCGUCUUCCAUCCUGUCGCAACCAGAGGGCAAAGGCAUGGGCCCAGUGAAGAAGAAGGUGACUUUUGAUCCGAGUUUGUCACAGGUUGAUAAAGAAGGAACUACCAAGACCAUCCAGCCAGCGACCAAAGGCGUGUCCCUUAAAGAGACAGCAGAUAUUGUCGUCAAAUACUUGACCCCUUUCUACAAGGGUGGUAAAUUUGCUUCCAAGGAACUGUUCAAGGGAUUUGCCCGACACCUCUCCCACUUACUGACUGAGGAAAAGAAUCCCGUCCGCAAGGCUGUGAAAGAAGAAGCACAGAGACUCAUCAAGGAGUUUUUCAAAACCCGAGUCAGGUGUGAAAAUGAGACAGACUGGCAAGCGCUGCCCAGCUCGGAAAGAUGAUACCGGUUCUCCAGCUAUGUCCAUUCCCUGCUGCAGUCGGUGGAAUUGAAGGCUCACGGAGACACAGGGGAGUUUUCCAUUCAUGUUACUGCUUGUUCUCCAUGGCAUCUGUGCCACGGGUGUGGCCUUGAGAACAUCUCUAGGGAGGUGAUCCCUGGGAAUUUGUCUCCGGAGCUCCUCUGGUGCCUAAGGGACGAUGAAGUCCUCCAACAGCCCUUGCUAAGAGGUCUGGUGUCUGCCAAUGCUGCAUAGCUCUGUGGCCUCUCAGCUGUGCUGUG